AUGGCAAUGGACCCGACACCACAGAACGCGUUGGAUCAGCACCAGUCUCUCCUCUUCCGCCUUCCACGAGAGCUGCGAGAUGAGAUCUACCACUACUACUCCCAAGCAACCGGCUAUUACUACGACUCCACCUCUGGAAAACUUCGAAUGGACGGCGGCGAGUGCAUUGAUCUCAGCCUUCAAUAUGCCUGCAAAAGGACUUUGGCAGAGAUGAGGGGUAUUGCCUUGGAGAUCAACACAAUAACCUUCCGUACGAUGCUCGAUCUCCCCAGGCCUUCCGACCAACUCAUGAGAUCCCAAAUCUUCGGUCAUUACAUCGGUAAAGGAAGGCGUGCCAUACUUAGUCGCAUGCUCGAAUGGACAUAUCCUCUAGUUACGGCCGAGGUCAUGCGUAAGUUGUGCGAACGCCAUCCAGCGAACCUGGCAGUCAAGAAGAUGCGGGAAUUGCAUCGAGAGAGAGACAGUGAUGGACCCCUAGCGGGCGGACACCUAUGGGGUUCGUUCGAAGAUGUUGUUACAGUCGACCAUAACGAGUACUCAGCGGAAGCCAUCGCAAUUAUCCGAGAUUUACUGGAUAUCAUAUCCACCGAUCCUGAAUUCUGGCACAUGACUGCGAGCGACUUCGAUGUUAACGCGAGGAGGGCCUUUUUCCUGGCAACUCAGCAUUGGGCUACCCGUUGGGAGGAAUUCGAGGAUUAUCUCACGAAGCAUGUUCCCGUAUACACAUCCAAGGCAGAACAGCAGCGAGUGCUACAGUGGCAACCUGACAGCUGGUUUAUCCCAACAAAUAAUGACCUUGAGGAACUGGAAGAGCUUUUGCCUCACGACGGUGAUUCUCAUCCUUUCAACAUGGCAUAUAUACGGGGAGGAAAGCGAUCCUACUUCUCUGCAGCCGCCGUCGCGAUUCGGUUCCUUUCACGCCUUAGCGAGUCUACACGUAGCCAUCUCCGCCAGAUCACUAUACUAGAAGAUGAGCGCAGCGACCCCGAAUCCUCCAGUCAUGCAAGAGGCCUACUUCCCUUUUGCAUCUCCAACACUCAGUUGAAAAUCGAGAGAAGAGUAGACAUGUGGCGUACCUCACUCAUCCGUACUUCGAGAGCGAUCCAUUGUGGAGGGAACGAACUUACAAUGAAGGAGAUUGGGAUGUGGGUUAGUGAGACAAAGGCACUAUUUGUCUUGGGAAUGCCGCCUGGUUCUUACAAUCUAGUCUUACACGGCCCAUCACCUCUUGCAAGCCAACAAAUCUGCGAUGCCACUGUCAGGGUAGCAAUCUGGGAGGAAGGCUGUGCAACGAUCGCAAAAGCCGACCCUUCCCACGGGUACUACUCUCUCCACGUGCUUGGUGAAGGCUUCGCAGAUGCGAUCAAGGGGGUCAUUGAAGGGAAUAUUUCAGCUCGGUUCGACGCAGACAUUGGAAAGAUUUGGGAUAUCGAUCAGCUGUUGAGAGAUCAAGAUGGCGAUUGGCCUGAGGACUUGGAUGAUGUUUUCGAAAUUCGCAACCUCGAAGAGCCAGCGGAAGGCUGGCGCGCUGCAUAUGAGGAGCGGUUUGGGGUGUGGAAACACAGAGACUCUGUUAGACUGGACUGGACAGAAUACAUGGAGGGGGUUGAGAUGCUUUUUGAAGCAGAAUGA